AUGGUCGCCCAUCGCAAGAGCCGCUCUCUCCCAACAAUAAUUCUCUUCCUUCUUUUCGCAUACAUCUGCCUCAUCUGGCUACCACUCCAUCAAUUGGGAAAGCGGCACCAUCACCAUCCGCAACCACCACCCCUUGACAGCACAUUCACGUCACAAACCACCAUCCAUUUAAACUCCACAGUCGAGAAACAUCCUGUUCCAUCGUACAUCCCUCUGCCAACAUCCCCGAUUUCAAUUCCUCGAAUCCAGUAUGAUUUUCCCCCAGAGUCCAGACCCGAGCGCAAAGCCCGGCUGAAGAAACAAAAGGCCGUCAAGCAGGCAUUCCUCCAUGCUUGGAAUGGAUACAAAGACCAUGCCUGGCUUCAUGAUGAAGUCUCUCCGCAGUCGGGCGGGUACAUGGACACCUUCAGCGGAUGGGGUGCAACGCUUGUGGAUUCACUAGAUGCGCUCAUCAUCAUGGGUCUCGAGGAGGAGCUCGAAUUGGCCCUGGAGGCUAUCGCGCACAUCGAUUUUACCACGACCAGGAGUGAGGAUGUGAAUGUCUUUGAAAUUACGAUUCGAUACAUGGGCGGCUUUCUGGCGGCCCAUGACUUGAGUCGUGGCAGAUAUCCUGUUCUUCUUCAAAAGGCCCAGGAAUUGGGCGAGAUGAUUUACAAUGCCUUUGAUACUCCCAAUCGGAUGCCUCAGAUGCGGUGGGAAUGGUCAAAAUCCGCACAAGGCGAGGAGAUCGAGGCGGGAGAGCGAACGUCUCUCGCCGAGAUGGGCUCCUUGACUCUCGAAUUCACGCGACUCUCGCAAUUGACCGGCAAUCCCAAAUACUUUGACGCCGUCCAACGCAUCACAGCAGAAUUAGAACGGGGUCAAUCCCGCACUCGUCUCCCGGGGCUCUGGCCCGUCUUCAUCGACGCCAAAUCUCUGGGCUUUGGCUGGUCCCAAUUCGCGCUUGGAGGCGGUGCCGAUUCCACCUAUGAGUACCUGCCCAAACAGCAUAUCCUACUUGGUGCACAGCGCGACGAGUAUCGCCUCAUGUACGAAGCUGCCAUGGAGACGAUCAAAAACAAGUUUCUUUUCCGCGCUAUGACCCAAGCCGAGGAUAAGAGGAUCCUGUUCACUCUCAACGCAAUAGUGCGGAUGGGCGGAGCACUGCACGGGGUAGAGUAUGUGCAGGAACAUCUGAAGUGCUUCCUCGGUGGGAUGGUCGGCUUGGCAUCCAAGGUCUUCAAUCGCACGGAAGACAUGUGGAUUGCCAGGGGUCUCACGGAUGGAUGUAUCUGGGCAUAUGACUCGAUGCCGACGGGGAUCAUGCCUGAAAUCAUGGCGGUCAGUCCGUGUGAAGACAUGGAGAAGUGUCCCUGGGACGAAGGAAAAUGGUACGAGGAUGUCCUGGGCCAAGCGAUUCAUUCCCGCAAGUAUCUUGAACAUGCCCAGGAUGUUGUAGAGCGAGAGGGUCUUCCACCUGGUGUGGUGGGAAUCACUGAUCCAGCAUACAAUCUUCGACCCGAGGCCAUCGAAUCCAUCUUCAUCAUGUACCGCAUCACCGGUGACAAAUCCCUUCAAGAGGUUGCAUGGCGAAUGUUUCAAAACAUCGACAGGGUGACUCGAACCAAAUACGGCCACUCUGCCAUCAACGAUGUCCGCAACCCACUGCCCAAAUUAAGCGAUAAGAUGGAGAGCUUCUGGCUUGCAGAAACCUUGAAGUAUUUCUAUUUGAUCUUCUCUGAACCCGAGCUGAUCAGCUUAGAUGAGAGUACCGAGGCUCAUCCCUUUAAGAGGCCGUCGUGA